CGGCCAAUGGGAGGUGCCGCUCACGAAGGCGGGACCGCGUUACCCGGGCGCGGCGCCUGCCGGAAGUCGGUGUCCGCGGCCACGCGCAGGAUGGCAAAGCAGAAGAGGAGAGCCUCUGCAGUGCCGGAGCAAGGGAGGAGGAGAAAGCUGAGGAGGGCGGCGGCCGCGGAGGCGGUGGUGGCGCGAGAGGGCGCCCAGGGCUCCGAGCAGGCCCCCGAGGGAAGAGGUGUGUGCUCGGACCCGGAGCCGGCCCCGGAGCCAACCCCGGAGGAGAAGAGGGUCCUGGAGCGGAAGCUGAAGAAGGAGCGGAGGAGGCAGGAGCGGAAGCGGCUGCGGGAGGCGGGCGCAGCCCCGGCCCAGCCCCCGAGGGCCCGGCCCUCCGGCGCCCAGCUGGCCCUGGACUAUCUCCGGAGCUGGGCCCGCAAGCAGGACUGGAGGUUCCAGAAGACGCGGCAGACCUGGCUGCUGCUGCACAUGUACGACAGCCAUGAGGUCCCAGAGGAGGACUUCCCCACCAUGCUGGCCUACCUGGAGGGGCUGCAGGGCCAGGCCCGCAAGGUGACCGUGCAGAAGGCCGAAUCCCUGAUGUGGGAGCUGGACCACGUGGGCGCAGACUGCCCGGGCUCGCCCCUGCUGGAGAAGACUCGGCGCGUCCGGCAGGUGCUGCAGCUGCUCUCCUAGGGGCUGUGGCCGCAAGGGCCCCUGCCAGCCUGGGGGGCCCCACCGCGGACCACCUCCUGCUGGUGGGGCCAGCAGGGUCACCAGCAGGCCUGGGGCUUCCGGGUGUGGGGCCCCGGCGACCCCUGGAAGGACCUCCUGCUGCGGCCCCUCUCGCCAGAGCGGCCAACAGGCGGCCACAGGCUCUGACCCCUCACAGCACACGCGCCCCGAGCAGCGGCCUGGGGCCCCGGGAGGGAGUUUGCGGGGGAACGCCCGGUUUCUGCCCGGGGUCUCAGCAGCUGGCGCCUGCUCCCCACCAGCCGUGGGCCGUCCACGCGGGGCCGCAGUGGGUGCGGAGCGCGGAACCUCGCGGUGCGGCCGGGGGACGUUGUGAAGGGCAGCGCUGCCCUGGCUGGCGGCUCCGGCGGUCGGAGCGUCACCCCGACAUGCCAGGUCUCGGGUCCGACCCCGGUCGGGGCACAGACGAGAACCAGCGGCUGAGU